GGGAGGGGAAGGAGAAGGGCGGGUGGAGGCUGGCGGCCGUCCUUACGUGACGGGAAGAGGCGGUGCUCGGGCGCGCGCCGCCAGUAACGGCUGCGCGCCGGCGUCUCCACCCCCUCAGCGGGCGGCGGUGAGUGCGCCAGGCCGGCUGCCGGCGUGGGACCGAGGAGAGGGCGGGCAGGCGCUCGGACGGACGCUGGCACGGUUUCCUAAAUCUAAAAGAAAGGCCGAGUUAGAGUACCCUUCCAAAAUGGCUGCUCUUAAGGAAGAGAGAGAUGUGGAAGACUACAAGAGAAAAGGAAGACGAUCCUCACAGCAGAAAUACCGUAGACUGAAUAAGGGCCAUGAGCCUAAGGAGCCAGAGCAGUUGAGAAAGCUGUUCAUUGGAGGUCUGAGCUUUGAAACAACAGAUGAUAGCUUGAGAGAACACUUUGAAAAAUGGGGCACACUCACGGACUGUGUGGUGAUGAGAGACCCACAAACAAAACGUUCCAGAGGCUUUGGCUUUGUGACUUACUCUUGUGUGGAAGAGGUGGAUGCUGCCAUGAGUGCUCGACCACAUAAGGUAGAUGGACGCGUGGUUGAACCAAAGAGAGCAGUUUCAAGGGAGGAUUCUGUAAAGCCUGGGGCGCAUCUCACAGUAAAGAAAAUAUUUGUUGGUGGAAUUAAAGAAGAUACAGAAGAAUAUAACUUAAGGGAGUACUUUGAAAAAUAUGGCAAGAUUGAAACCAUAGAAGUCAUGGAAGACAGGCAAAGUGGAAAGAAAAGAGGCUUCGCUUUUGUAACUUUUGAUGAUCAUGAUACAGUUGAUAAAAUAGUUGUUCAGAAAUAUCAUACUAUAAAUGGACAUAACUGUGAAGUGAAAAAAGCACUCUCAAAACAAGAGAUGCAGACUGCUAGCUCUCAGAGAGCAAAAUAUUUUGUAGGUCGUGGGGGUGGCUCAGGCAAUUUCAUGGGUCGUGGAAAUUUUGGAGGCGGUGGAGGAAACUUUGGCCGAGGAGGAAACUUUGGUGGAAGAGGCGGCUAUGGGGGUGGUGGUGGCGGUGGUGGGAGCAGAGGAAGCUUUGGGGGUGGUGACGGAUACAAUGGAUUUGGUGAUGGUGGUAACUAUGGAGGUGGUCCUGGGUAUGGCAGCAGAGGAGGUUAUGGUGGUGGUGGAGGACCAGGAUAUGGAAACCCAGGUGGUGGAUAUGGAGGUGGAGGAGGAGGAUAUGAUGGCUACAACGAAGGAGGAAAUUUUGGAGGUGGUAAUUAUGGUGGCAGUGGAAACUACAAUGAUUUUGGCAAUUACAGUGGACAGCAGCAGUCUAACUAUGGUCCCAUGAAAGGUGGUGGCAGCUUUGGUGGUAGAAGUUCAGGCAGUCCCUAUGGUGGUGGUUAUGGAUCUGGAAGUGGAAGUGGGGGCUAUGGUGGUAGAAGAUUCUAAAAAUGCUACCAGAAAAAGGGUUGAAUGAGAAGCUGCUGCUUGACAAAAUGGGGAAUGUCUUGCACAUCCUCUUCAAUUGAAGGUUUCUGACUGGGUAAGAUUUGUAGUGCAUAGUAAAACACGUGUUUAAUGCUCAUUUCCUUCUUAGGCUUUCCUUUACCAGCCUUUUGAUAGUAGGGAAAGCCUUAAGUAUAAAGGAACAAGUAUUCCCGUGUAUGUCAUCCAGUGUUUCUUGUUCUGGAUUAGGGGUGUCUGCUGACAUAACUGCUGUUCAAGAAUCUUCCUUUCCUGGCAGGUACAAAAUUGCUGUGUGUCACAGAUCAACAAAAAGAAACGAUAAAUGUUUUGAAAUACAUUCUCUUAGUUACCAUGAAGAGUGUGCAGUCUGCUUUUGAAAAAUUGUACUUUAACUUGUAACAGAAAUGGAAGCCUUACCCAGUGUGAUAUGAAAAGGUUAUGACACUCUUAAGCAGCUCAUCACAAUUCACAGAUUGUAUUGAUUCUGCACUAAUUCCAUAAACACGUUUUGCAUUUAUUAAAACAGAGGUUUCCAUCAUAAUAAAUUAAUUUUAGCUUACCAAGCGAAUUUGUAUUCAAAUGUAAAUAUCUAGUUCCCUUUCAGAUUUUUGGUGCUUUCAGGGUAGUUUAGUGGAGGCUAAUAUUGAUGAGUGAUACUCAGCCGAAAGCACAACUGUAUAUGGAUGAAUGGCAAUAAAAUAACUUUUCAUGGAAUCUGAUUUAUAUGCAUGUGGGUUCUUAACUCUUGGAAUGUGUAUUUCCUGUUCUGUAUUAUGGACUGUUACAGGUAUGGGGUAUUCCAAUUCCUUUUUGGAUAGUAGUUACCUAUUUUAACUUAUCAGCACAUAUUCACAUCUGUGCAGUAUUCCUGCAAAAAUCUGUUUCUAUUUUAGUUGGUUAUUUAGUGUUGGUUAUGCUUAAGUUACUCAGAAAAAGGCAAAUUGAAUACAUGCAUUUCAGUUUAACUCGGGCCUUAGGAAAAUUUGCAGACUGAUUCCACUAGUGAAACUUGUUACUGGCUGUCUGUGAAUAUCUAGAAAGCAAACUUCACAUUGUAACAUGUACAAUCAGAAGUUAACUUGAAGUAUUUUACAAUGGUAAUGUGCAAUUUUCAUAUAAUCAGGAGCUACUUACUAAAUGGAAAUCUCACAGUUAGUGUAUACUUAAAAUACUUGCCAACAUUUUAUUUUACUUAGCCAAGGUUGAGCUAAAAUUCAAACCUGCUGCAGUGAGGUCCCAGUCUCUCCUUUGUGUAGUAUACUAGAUAACUUGUUGCUUAGGUGAUGAGCUUGCUUCCUUACCAGAGGUGAAAUACACUUUUCCUCUGCUAUGCAGAGGUGCUCUUGUGAACUCAUCUAGUCAUGUAAAGGUAGAAAUACAUAACAAGGAAAAGCAUUAAUGUGGCUUAUGCUUACUCAGUUACAGGCAAAUGCUUUUGUACCGCGGGGAAGGAGGAAUGUUACUUUUUUUUUUUUUUACAGCAAAGCAAAAGUUUCUGGUUUGCAUCCCAUUAGAGGCCUGUGUAUAAAUUUCCUUUCCAUACUGUGCUCUUGAGGGUUCUUUUUGCACUAAUUGUGUAACUAGAUACUCACUUUUAGAGUUACUUUCACACUUGGAUUUACAACUCUUACUGAUUGAUUUGCUUCAUUUCAACGAUAUCCUUUUUUUUCUCUCAGAAAUAAACCUUGUCAAAGAUGAAUACUUUAAUACAUUAAUUCUUAAUACUGAGGAAUAUUUGGUCAAGUGUAUCUUUGUCCAAGAGGCACUUCCAAGAGUUAAGAAUAUUAUUUAAUGACUAGGUUUUUCUGUAGUAGUUGCUAUUGAAAAUAGCAGCUGUAAAUGGAGAUGUGAAUAAAAUUACAAAGCAUUGGUCCUUAGGCUAGAGUUCUACGUGACCCUAUUUAAUACCUAGAGCUAUAUGUUAACUUCAAAGCAAAUCAUACUUUCAGGUAAUAAACAUGUAUUUCUCCAAAAGGAGUCCAGGCAGAUGCAGAUUUGAUAAAUGUUUUAUUAGAUAACAAAUUAAUCACAGUAUCUUAACUUUGAUAUCCUUUGAAUAUUUUAAGGUGGGAAGGGGAAUGCUCCUGGUCUUUCAAGUAUCGCUUGUGUGAUGUACUGACUUGCUGCUGUCUUUGGUUCCUGUAUUUAGGACGUUAACUUUUUAUUCAUAUACUGUCUAUACUGCAAUGGAAUAUUCACUUACAUAUCAAUCUGUGGUCUCUGACAAAUAUGUGUAUCUUGUGUGGAGCAUGAAAGAUCUUGAGUAUUACUAAAAUUCAGAUAUCUGAUGGAUCAUUCUUUUUCUGCUGUGGGUACUACAGGUUGACAUCUCUAUCUAAGAUUAGCUUUUUCCUCAACUAAAGUAAUCCAAGUAUCUCCGUAGAAGAAAAAUGACCUUCAUGUAGAAGAUAAUAUCGCAAGAUUGGAAACAGAAUAACAUAUUUUAAUAACUGGCAAAGACUUGAAGAGCAAUGGUGCUAGUAUGGUAAAAUCUUAUAACUUGUGGUUAAACAAGUUUAAAAAUAUGGAAAUUAAAAAUUUCAAUAUAGUCCAUAAUGGAUUGAAAUUUGUUUAAAAUUAUUUCACUUUUGUAUCAAAAUAAAGUGUACAUUGUCAAAUGACUUAAAAUCUAAAAUGUGUUGCCAUCACCUUUUUUUGUUUAGUGCUGUGAAGAGCACAAACUGAUCUUAAAUUGCAACACACUGGCAGGAUCAUCUUUCCAACUGGGAACUGCGAGUCAGAAGUUAACCUUGAUUCAACCCAGCUCCUGAAUUUUCGUUUUAGCAGCUUCACAACUUUAGCAGCUUCACAACUGAAUGACUUAAUAAAGAAAUAAAUGGUUUGCA